AAACAUUUCGAAGAUUCAGUAUCCUGAAAGGUGUCACCUCUUUUCCAAGCCUGACAACUCCAAUUCGUCUUAAAGUCUGAACGUAUCAGACAUCUUCAGCCCUUCAUCAUCUGUCCCAGCACAAGAAUGCUCUCAGUAUUGGUCACUGUGUGCUUUCUCUGCACAGCCACUGCCACAGUACUGGAAGUGACUCAGCCCGCAAUGGUGCUGGCCAACAGGCAAGGAGUUGCCAGCUUGGUGUGUAAAUACAAGCACAUUGGGAAUGCAAAGGAAAUUCGAGUGACUCUGCUUAAACAGAUGGGUGACAGUUCCACUGAAAUUUGUGCUUCAACAUACACCACGGAGUUUAAACUGUUCAGUGUGGAAAAGGUCCUUCAGUGCCAUAUUAGCCCUGGCCGAAACAAUGUGACCCUCACCCUCGCUGGCCUGCAAGCCAGCGACACUGGUCUUUAUGUUUGCAAGAUGGAGCGGAUGUACCCCCCACCCUAUUUUAUGAACAAGGGUAAUGGGACACAUCUCUAUGUCAUUGAUCCAGAACCUUGUCCAGACACUGCUAUAUAUCUCUGGGUAUUGGGAGCUACUGCCUCAGGAUUUUUUCUUUACAGUAUCAUCAUCUCAGCCAUUCUUGUGGGCAAAGCGAUAAAGAGAAGACGGUGCCUCACUACUGGAGUCUAUGUGAAAAUGCCUUCUGAAAAGCUAGAGAAAAAAGUGAUUCCAUUCCACAUCACUGGUAACUGUAACCAGGAAAGAGAGAGACCCUAUCCUACCUGGGAUGGAGAGUCUGCUAAUUCAUGUCAGUUAAAGAAAUAAAAUUAAUCGUCUUAUUGCAAAGGGGAAGGAGAGAGAAUAUUCUUUGCAACUUCUGUGGUUUGGAGGAGAAUAAAUAGUAUAUGCAU